GAAGGACCCGGAGCCGAGACACCGGUAGGAGCGAGGCGGGGGGCGGGCGGGGGCGGCCGUCGCACGGUUUGCAGCCCUCUGCUCGGAGCACAGUCCCCGACAGCCACGAUGCGGCGGAAGGGUACCAAACCCUCCGUCUGCCGCCAGGAGGGAGAGCCUCCGCCCUCCCCGGACGGCGACCACCGGGAUGAGGACCCAGAGCAACCGGGCGGCGGAGCGGACGGCGCUGCAGCUGCAGAGACUCCAGGUGAGGAACUUGAUAACAGAAGUUUAGAAGAGAUUUUGAAUAGUAUUCCUCCACCCCCACCUCCAGCAAUGGCCAGUGAAGCUGGAGCUCCUCGUCUAAUGAUAACUCAUAUUGUAAACCAAAACUUCAAAUCUUAUGCUGGAGAGAAAAUUCUGGGACCUUUCCAUAAGCGCUUUUCCUGUAUUAUUGGGCCAAAUGGCAGUGGAAAAUCCAAUGUUAUUGAUUCCAUGCUUUUUGUCUUUGGCUAUCGAGCACAAAAAAUAAGGUCUAAAAAGCUGUCAGUAUUGAUACAUAAUUCUGAUGAACAUAAGGAUAUUCAGAGUUGUACUGUAGAAGUUCAUUUUCAAAAGAUAAUUGAUAAGGAAGGGGAUGAUUAUGAAGUCAUCCCUAACAGUAACUUCUGUGUAUCUAGAACAGCCUACAGAGAUAACACUUCUGUCUAUCAUAUCAGUGGGAAGAAGAGGACAUUUAAGGAUGUUGGAAAUCUUCUGAGAAGCCAUGGAAUUGACUUGGACCAUAAUCGAUUUUUAAUCUUGCAGGGUGAAGUCGAACAGAUUGCUAUGAUGAAACCAAAAGGCCAGACUGAACAUGAUGAGGGGAUGCUUGAGUAUUUGGAAGAUAUAAUUGGCUGUGGACGGCUAAAUGAACCUAUUAAAGUCUUAUGUCGGAGAGUUGAAAUAUUAAAUGAAAACAGAGGAGAAAAGUUGAACAGAGUAAAAAUGGUGGAAAAGGAAAAGGAUGCCCUAGAAGGAGAGAAAAACAUAGCCAUUGAGUUCCUUACCCUAGAAAAUGAAAUGUUAAAAAAAAAGAAUCAUGUCUGUCAAUAUUACAUUUAUGAUCUGCAAAAAAGAAUUGCUGAAAUGAAAACCCAAAAGGAAAAAAUUCAUGAAGAUACUAAAGAAAUCACUGAGAAGAGCAAUAUGCUUUCAAAUGAAAUGAAAGCUAAGAAUUCAGCUGUAAAGGAUAUAGAAAAGAAACUCAAUAAAGCUACAAAAUUUAUUGAAGAGAAUAAAGAAAAAUUUACACAGCUAGAUUUAGAAGAUGUUCAAGUUAGGGAAAAACUAAAACAUGCUACAAGUAAAGCCAAAAAGCUGGAGAAACAGCUUCAAAAAGAUAAAGAAAAGGUUGAAGAACUGAAGAGUAUACCUGCCAAGAGUAAGAAUAUCAUAAAUGAAACAACAACUAAAAGUAGUUCUCUUGAGAAAGAAAAAGAGAAAGAAGAAAAGAAAUUAAAGGAGGUUAUGGAUAGCCUCAAACAGGAAACACAAGGGCUUCAGAAAGAAAAGGAGAAUCAAGAAAAGGAACUUAUGGGUUUUAACAAAUCAGUAAAUGAAGCACGUUCAAAGAUGGAAGUCGCUCAGUCAGAACUUGAUAUCUAUCUCAGUCGACAUAAUACGGCAGUGUCUCAACUAAGUAAAGCAAAGGAAACUUUAAUUACAGCUUCUGAGACUCUGAAAGAAAGGAAAGCUGCCAUUGGAGAAAUAAACACAAAACUCCCUCAGACUCAACAAGAAUUAAAGGAGAAAGAAAAAGAACUUCAGAAGCUAACACAAGAAGAAAUAAACUUGAAAAGUUUGGUUCAUGAUCUUUUCCAAAAAGUUGAAGAAGCAAAGAGUUCCUUAGCAAUGAAUCGAAGUCGAGGGAAAGUACUUGAUGCAAUAAUUCAAGAAAAAAAAUCUGGCAGGAUCCCAGGAAUAUAUGGAAGACUGGGAGACUUGGGAGCUAUUGAUGAAAAAUAUGACAUUGCUAUUUCAUCCUGUUGCCAUGCAUUAGACUACAUUGUUGUUGAUUCUAUUGAUACAGCCCAAGAAUGUGUGAACUUCCUUAAAAGACAUAAUAUUGGCGUUGCAACUUUUAUAGGUUUGGAUAAGAUGACAGUGUGGGCCAAAAAAAUGGCCAAAAUUCAAACUCCUGAAAAUACCCCUCGGUUGUUUGACUUAGUUAAAGUAAAAAAUGAGGAAAUUCGCCAGGCUUUUUACUUUGCUUUACGUGAUACCUUAGUGGCUGACAAUUUGGAUCAAGCUACAAGAGUAGCGUAUCAAAAAGAUAGACGAUGGAGAGUUGUAACUCUGCAGGGGCAAAUCAUAGAACAGUCAGGUACAAUGACUGGCGGUGGAAGCAAAGUAAUGAGAGGAAGAAUGGGUUCAUCAGUUAUCGUGGAAAUCUCUGAAGAAGAGGUAAAAAAGAUGGAAUCUCAGUUGGAAAGGCAUUCUAAACAAGCAAGGCAAAUCCAAGAACAGAAAGUACAACAUGAAGAAGCAGUCAUUAAGUUAAGGCAUAGUGAACGAGAAAUGAGAAAUACACUAGAAAAGUUUGCUGCAAGCAUCCAGGGUUUAUCAGAGCAAGAAGAGUAUUUGACUGUACAAAUUAAAGAACUGGAAGCUAAUGUGCUUACUACAGCCCCUGAUAAAAAGAAACAGAAAUUGCUAGAAGAAAAUGUCAGUGCUUUCAAAAAAGAAUAUGAUGCUGUGGCUGAGAAAGCUGGUAAAGUAGAAGCCGAGGUUAAACGACUACAUGAUACCAUCAUAGAAAUCAACAACCGAAAACUCAAGGCCCAACAAAACAAACUUGAUAUGAUAAAUAAACAGCUGGAUGAAUGUGCUUCUGCUAUUACUAAAGCCCAAGUGGCAAUCAAGACUGCUGACAGAAAUCUUAUAAAGGCACAAGAUUCUGUCGUCCGCACAGAGAAAGAAAUAAAAGACACCGAGAAAGAAACAAAUGACUUAAAAGCAGAACUAAAAGCUAUUGAAGACAAAGCAGAAGAAGUCAUAAGAAAAACAAAUGCUGCUGAGGAGUCAUUGCCAGAAAUCCAGAAAGAGCAUCGUAAUCUACUUCAGGAACUUAAAGUUAUUCAAGAAAAUGAACAUGCUCUUCAGAAAGACGCUCUUAGUAUUAAGUUGAAACUUGAGCAGAUAGAUGGCCACAUUGCUGAACAUAAUUCUAAAAUAAAAUACUGGCAAAAAGAGAUUUCAAAAAUAAAAUUGCAUCCUAUAGAAGAUAAUCCUGUCGAAACAGUACCAGUUCUAAGCCCAGAGGAUCUUGAAGCAAUCAAGAAUCCAGAUUCUAUAACAAAUCAAAUUGCAAUUUUGGAAGCUCAGUGUCAUGAAAUGAAACCAAAUCUUGGUGCCAUAGCAGAAUAUAAAAAAAAGGAAGAAUUGUAUUUGCAAAGAGUAGCAGAAUUGGACAAAAUUACUUCUGAAAGAGAUAAUUUUAGACAGGCAUAUGAAGAUCUUCGGAAACAAAGACUCAAUGAAUUUAUGGCAGGUUUUUAUGUAAUAACAAAUAAGUUAAAGGAAAACUACCAGAUGCUUACUUUGGGAGGGGACGCUGAACUCGAGCUUGUGGAUAGUUUGGAUCCUUUUUCUGAAGGAAUCAUGUUCAGUGUUCGACCACCUAAGAAAAGUUGGAAGAAGAUCUUUAACCUUUCAGGAGGAGAGAAAACCCUUAGUUCGUUGGCCUUAGUGUUUGCUCUUCACCACUACAAACCCACUCCCCUCUACUUCAUGGAUGAGAUUGAUGCAGCCCUGGAUUUUAAAAAUGUGUCUAUUGUUGCAUUUUACAUAUAUGAGCAAACCAAAAAUGCCCAGUUCAUAAUAAUUUCUCUCCGGAAUAAUAUGUUUGAGAUUUCGGAUAGACUUAUUGGAAUUUACAAAACAUACAAUAUUACAAAAAGUGUUGCAGUGAACCCAAAAGAAAUUGCAUCUAAAGGACUUUGUUGAACUUGUUUAUAUUGAAGAUUCUUCAGUUAAAUUGCCUAGAUUUAUUAUUUCUAGGUUUCUGUCUGUAACGAAUUUUAAAUUGUACAUUUUUCUAAGUUGUGUGACAAGUGGUUUCUUUUUUACUGCUGAUAAUGUCUAAAACAAAUUGUAUCCAUUUCUAUAUUAUAAAAAUGAGUCUGGCUGA